ACUCUGAUUCCAAAAAAAAUAAAUUCUUUGAGAAUGUACAACCAAAUUUAAAUAGAUUGAAUAGAAGAAUGUUAAGUCUGGUUCACUAUGGAAGCUAUAGAAUGCCGGGUGUCAGGUGGCAUCAUGAUUAUGAUUCUCAGAUUCUUCGUUUCUUUCACAUAUCUGGCUAAGGAUGGAGCUAAUUUUAUCUAUGGAUGCAAGGAUCAAUGGUAGGAAGGCAUUCUUCACUAAGUCUUACUAAUCUGUCAGCUGCAGUUUACUCUAGUUUUGUUAUUUUCUUAGCCUUUUCUUUUUAUUUGUUGUAUGUUUUGCUUUCCUUUUUGCUUUUGUCAUUUUUAUAUGAACAAUUAAGUUUUUCAUACUAAUAAAAUUUGUGACUUAGCGGAGAAAAAAAAACAGAAAACAAUCUGAAACUUCUGAAUUCUAUUAGGGUGACAUGGGAAAUUUAAAAUACCGAGAAGUUAUUAGAUAGGUGUAAAACAAACAUAAAUUUUAGAUACUAUCUCUUUUAUUAUUUAUUAAGGAAAAAAAAGUGGUGGUAUGUCGUGCAUAAAGACGACCGUAGCAGAUUGGGAGAAAAUAAAACAAAACCUGAAAUUCAGAAAUUCAUCCAAUUCCCAUCUAAUCAUUCAUGGCUUCCUCCAGUAAUAUGGGAAACGAAACCCUAGAAGAAGAAGAUGAAGAGGAAGUGGAGCCAGAAGGUUUUGAUGAUUUCACUCUUGCUUCUUCAUGGGAAAGAUUCAUUUCUGAAAUAGAGGCUGUUUGUAGGCUAUGGUUGGCCGAUGGUCCUAAGAUUUUACUGGAAAAAGGAGCUUUGUGCUUGGGUCCUCAAAAGAAUUUGUAUAAAGUAAAAUCUGAACUGAAAUAUGGUGCAAAAAUGUAUUGCUUGGACUACUACUUCGAGAUCAGCCGUGAUGGCAAGCCUUCGGAGUGGAAUGGUGACUUACAUGAUAUGCAGCUAUCUUUCGGAGUGAAGGACUUUCUGGUGAUUGCACCACUAAGUGCUAGUGGGGUGGUCCUAGAUGCACCUGAGUCAACCAAGCUCUUAAGUGCAACUGCUAUCGCUUUGUCAAACUGUGGAAGCACGUGGCCUGCAUUCGUUCCGGUGCAUGAUCCCUCCCGGAAAGCCUUCACUGGUAUCCAGAAUAUGGGAACUGUACUUACCAGAAGGUUUGAAGCAGAUCAUAUUGGUAGCCAGGUUCCAGUUAAACUAAUGCAUUUGGAGGGACUAUACGAGUUAUUUAUCUCCAAGUUCGCUUUCUCCUCAAUGGACCUCUCCACAAGUUCUCUCAAUGUCUACUUUACGAUGAAGCUAACCUACAGAACACCUCCUGAUGAUGAUGACAUUCGCAUGCAAGGAAUUGAUGCUGAGAUGACGGAGUCUGAAGAAAAUCACGAAAGUAACAUCCGAAGCAAAAUACAAUGGGACGAUGAUUGUCCUUGGACAGAAUGGUAUUCUGCAGAGGAUCCUAUAAAAGGGUUUGAGUUAAGUAGCGCUUGGUCGAACAAGAUGAUCAAAAGCUCCUCGGAUAUGGCUGAAUUAGAAAAUACUUCGUCAUAUGAGGCUGAAACCUGGCUCCUUUGUCCCUUUCUGUCUCCAAACUUGGAUGGAGGCAAUACUGUUGGAUUUGCUUCGCAGCUGUGUCUGUUGGUAAAUGCAUUGCAUAUCUCCUUUGAAGCCCAAUUUAUGGAGGACUUCAUUUCAGUUGAAAAGCGUACUUCUGAUGCCUUAGAUGCUGUACCACCCCCUACAGUUUUAGAUCGGGUGCUUAAAGAUCUCUUUCACCAAGGAGCGCAAAUGUCUGAAUACAGCAUGAGCGAACACAAAAGUUCUCGUACCAUUAAAGGCGCACCUUUAGAAUCUCUUUUUUCUCAGUUUUGUUUGCAUUCACUUUGGUUUGGGAUCUGCAACAUUCGUGCUGUGGCCAUGCUCUGGAUAGAGUUUGUUCGAGAAGUUCGUUGGUGCUGGGAAGAAUUGCAGCCAUUACCCAAAAUGCUUAAGUAUGGCAGCAUUGACUUGUCUACAUGCCUGAUCCACCAAAAAUUACAAAUGCUUGCAGUAUGUAUUGAGAGGCAACGUCAGUCGGAAGACUCAGAACCUAUUUUUCAAGACAGUGUGGAGGGUGAAGAUGAUUUUAGUGGUAAUGAGGAAGACAGUCAACUUGGAGGGAGCCCAACUCACUUCGGAAUGUCGGCUUGGAAGUCUGAUGCGAAACGUGACAGUCAAUCAGGAGUAAAAGGUCCUGAUUCACCUGUUCAAAUACGGAGAGGUUCAGCAGGUGUUGCAGGGUCUAUGAUGCUUAUAAAUUCAUACCAAAGGAUGCAUGCUCCGUAUACCCAGGAUCCACCACUUAUGACAGAAGAUAUGCAUGAGGAACGGCUCCGUGCAGUUGAAGCCCUUGGAAAUGCCAUUAACUUCUCUGCGCAAUUGGAGAGGGAUAUAUUAUCCUCAGACAUGUCAGCUUUCAAAGCAGCAAACCUUGAUGCUGUUUUUGAAGAUUUUAUUCGAUGGCACUCCCCAGGUGACUGGGAGUCGAGUGAAACAGAUAAGAGUGCUGGAUCUGGAUUGAAUCAGUUGGAUGGAUUAGGAAAUGAUGAAUGGCCUCCUAAGGGAAGGCUCUCUAACCGCAUGUCUGAAAAGGGAAAUUCGUGGUGGCAACUUUGGAAUGAUGCACCUGUAUUGCCAGCUUCUGAGCAGAAGUCUCUUCUUGAUCCCAAUCAGGAAGGAGAAAAGAUCCUUCAUUACUUGGAAACAUUGCGUCCGGAUCAGCUGCUUGAACAAAUGGUUUGUACAGCCUUCAGAGCAUCAGCUGAUACUUUGAACCAGACAUCUUUUGGAGAUCUAAAACAAAUGACGGCAAAAAUAGGUCAACUCUAUCUGACAAUUACAUCAUCCUUGAAACCAUUGCGAGGAAAUUACCUCCCGCAUAAGGAAGAAACAAUUGCUGACCUGAGGCGACUGUGUGUUGUAUUUGAAAAUGUGGAGAAGCUGCUACUCCUGGCAGCUUCCUUACAUCGUAAGCUGUCUCAUGCACCUCGCCUCUCAAAGUCAAUCUUUACUGACUACUUCAACUUUUAUCUUCCCAAAAUGGGGACGAGUUCAGUAGGUGGUGACAAUCGCAAGGAAUUUGAUAUGAAGCAGCGGGUAGCUGGGAAUGAGAGGGAAGCUAUCAUGAACAUGUUCCCACCACCAACAGCCAACCAAUCAUGGAGGAAGGUUCUUAGUAUGGGGAAUCUUUUCAAUGGCCAUGAACCAGUUGUAAGGGAGAUUAUUUUUUCUAGACGAGACGGCGCAAGUGGUAACCAUUACAGUACUAACAACCCUAUUAACUCAAGCAAAGAAAUAGAGACACAUCGUAUGUACAUUUGUGGAACAUCUAAUGACCUCAGGGUCGCACUUGCGGUCACCUCGUCAGAUUGAUCUAGUAUUUCCCAUUUUUAACCCACAUAUAUAUCACUCCCUGUUAUUGUUGUUUUGGAAACGUUGUAAAGUUUUCUUUUAGGCAUUGUUGGAUACAUAGAAUAAGUUUCUUAAACAUUAUUGGAUCUGAGAAAAACUAAAGUUAGUUUCAGGAAAUUCUGCGACAAAGUACAGUUAAUGAAGGUCAAUCUCUGGACUUAUAAAAAAACAUUGAGGCUUUGAGCAUUUAAGGAUAAACUAAAUGGAGAAUACCAUAAGAAAGACUAAGCCAAUGAGAGAAAUCUUGAGCUCCCUCUUGUGGGUAUAUCUGUUUGUUGGAUGUGAAAACGGAAUCUAAUUGUGGGUUUCACAGGGAAUUUUUCUGUUGGAAUUUCUGUCGGUGAAUGAUUUGCUUUUUUGUUGAUUGUAUCACUAGAUUUUCAAAAUUAAUCAUAGGGUUCAGUAAGUAAUGAAUUUGAAAAUUUACUUGAGUAUCUUGAUGAUCA